GCACCUUCUACGACUUGAAAGAUCACCGUCAAGCACUUCUGUAUCGCUUGCCUCUUCCCUCUACCCUUCUGCUGCUAUUGGCUGUAUCUAUUCACAAGGAUACGCGGUUUCACGAGAAUGGGACAACAUAACAACGACCAUACGAUGCAGGAUAUAUGUGAGAUAAACACGAACAAUGAAGAAACAAACAUCGAAUGUCAUACCGCAAAGAGUACGAACAGUAUUUCUAGGAUACUUCAUGUCUUACAGGGUCCAUUCAGACUUUAUAAAGCCGAUGAAUGUUCCACAACUUCGCGCAUACCGUGGGAAGGAUUUCUCAUCUUUCGUAGACUGGUUUUAAUUGUCGUGCUGACUUUUCUCUACGAUGUUAAAUUACGAAUGCUGGUCGCUUUAACGAUCUGCGUGGCGAUUUUGAUAUGUCACAUGCUGGUGUUCCCCUUUCAGACCAAACGCGAUAAUAUCGUGGAGUCUAUCUUUUUAGCUAUACACGUUAUUUUAUGCGGGAUUACCUUGGUCAAGACUCUUUAUCAUGAAGAAGGUAACGGUUCUUAUAAUGCGGAGAAACUCCUCGCGUUGGAUGCAAUACGAGAUAUAAUAAUACUUUCACCGAUGUUUAUUAUAUUAAUGGCUGUUGUUCUUUCACUUGUUAUAAAGAUCUCGAAUGGAUUAAAAUGUUUUGCAACGGGCUUGUUUAGAAAAAUAAAACGCACAGGAAAUUGAUGUAA